UUUUUUCAUCCCGCUUCUUCUUCCCGCGCCUUGAAUUCACUCGAAAAUUUCAAGACGUUUUUAAUUUUUUGUUUAGUCUCGGGAAUAUUUUAUUCUUUCAGUUCCCAAAUGGAAGAUUUUCGUUUUUCCUCCGGAGCAUGAGCAAUGGUGGAAGGAGGAGGAGGCGGAGGAAAUACGGCGGCGGCGUCGGCGUUUGCCAAGACCAUCUGCUCAAUCUGUUACGAAGAUCUCAAGCCCAUCGUCGAAGAUCUUCAAUCUAUCUCCAUCUGCGGCCACGUAUUUCACGAGCUAUGUCUUCAACAAUGGUUUGAGUACUGCACAAAUGGGAAGAAGAAAAACUGCCCUGUAUGCAAGCAGAACUGUUCAAAAGCAAAUGUGGCUCGCCUUUAUUUCCAGUCCAUUGGAGACCCCAAUGAUCAAAAUCUUACCCAAAAACCAAUAUACUCUGAGGAGAAUCCGGAAGAAUUACAGAAUGAAAUCAGUAGGUUGGAGGGAAAGGUGUCUAGACUCAGCUCAGCUUUGGAUCAGCAACAGAAGAGCUAUGAAGCUUCCAAUGCUGAGUUGCUUGCUUUGAAGGAACAGUUAAAAGUGGAGGAGGCCCAGAAAAAGGAAGCUUUGAACCAGAAUGCCGCAAGCCAGAGACUAAUUCGUUUGAAAUCCGAGGAGUUGGAUCGAUCAACCUUGGAAUGCAUGAGGCUUCAAAAUAGAAAUUUGGCAUUAGCUAAGGAACUUGCAGCUCUGAAACUAGUAUCUGAUUUGGACUUAAACGAGGGUGAGAUUUUGAAGCUAGCAUGUUUGGGUAAUGAGGUCAACAACAAGGAGACUGUCGAUGUUCUGAAGAAAUCUUUGAUGAUCCGUAACAAGAGUUACAAGGAAUUGAUGAACAAGUGCAACAUGAUUGGAAGAGGGGAGACCCGCUCACUUGCAGAACUUAAGAAGGCUCAAGAAAAGAUAAAGAAGCUGAAAGAAAGAAUCCAAGAACUUGAGUCUUUCGUAGAGGUAAGAGAUAAUGAAGCCUUGAGAAUGCUGAAACCUUCUCGAGCUGCUACAAAUUCAAUUAAUGCCCCCACUAGCAGUUUACUUAAACACACCAAAUCUGUAGUAAGCACAUACGGAGAUCAAAACAUAGCACCGUCUCUUGCAGAGAGAAAUAUGACUGUAGAAGAGGACAUGGAUGUUAGUUAUUCUCUUUUAAGAAAGAAGAGGAAGGUUGAACCUUUUGGAUUUACCAGUAAAGCAAAUCCGGUAGAAGAAAUAGUCACAAGAAAACUUUCUCCUGAUAAUCAGGAGAAAGUUUCCUUCUUGAUUGAUGAAAAUGUGAAUGUGACAGAAGCUUCCACGUCUGCAUUGCAUCCUUUAUCUGAAAAAAGAGCAGGAGAUCAAGAAAGAAAUACCCAAGUUCAGAAUAUUACACCAGCUGCUGCAGGUGCUAAUCCAUCUGUAAGCGAGAUCUCUGAUGAUGAAGUUAUGGUUAUAGAUGUUGAUAAAGAAUUAUCUCAGUCCUUUAAAGUUAAUAAAGAAAUUUCAUCACCAGUUGUUUCUCCUCCAGGAAAUAGCUGUUUUGCUGCUGGAUUACUUGGCCCUGACGGGACCAAAUGGCACUUGGGGAAAUGGUGCAAGAAGGCAAAUAGUAAGGGUCAAGCAUCAAUGACUACAGGACUGCAGGGUUCAAAUGCUAGUUCUGGGAAUUUGAUUGCCGUUGGGGCUGAUGGUCGGGGUGGCACAAUAAAAGUUUUGAGAACUCUAAACCAAACAUCACUGGAUAUUAGGGGAACUCAGACAAGCACCAGGACGAACCAAAAUGGAGCAAAAUCAAGUAGUUUUUCGAAGUCCCAUGGAUGCAGGCAAAUAGAUCACUUUUUUGGAAGGUCUAGCCAGCCACAAAAGUUCUGAAGCCAUUUAAAGAAUCUAAAAUUUUGUGAAUUACUGUAUCCAGCUGCAGUGAUCCAUGUAAUUUACUGCUUCUAGAAGUGGCAAAUGUAGAACGUAUCCUAGAAAGACAUUCUAACAUAACCAUGUACAGAGAAAUAUUGUCAACAUUUUGAUUUUUCCUGAGGAAUUUUUGAUGAAAUGUCUGUCUACUUACUUAGAACAUGACAUAUUUGUAGAGACUUACUAUUAACGCAUCCUUAGAGUCAGAAUGUAACAUGUCAAUGGAUAUGGUUUCAGUCAAUUUCCUUGCUACAGUUUUUGAUUGCUCAUUGAACGAAG